AUGGAUCCUCUGCCGGAUAUCUAUCCCUUGACAGGCUUGCAGAUUGGGGAUAUGCAGUCUUACAUCUCGCGCGCGUUCCUCUACUUUGCUCCGGUGAGCAAGAAGGUGCUGAUUCUGGUGGACAACCAGCCAUGGAUGACCAGCAAGCAGUCCAGAUCUGCAAGGCUAUGGCAGUUCAUGAUCACCAAGUACAGGAUGUCUCCGUUCGUGAAUUCGAGGGCGUCCGCUGCCGGCGACAAAAGCAGCAACAAUACAUCGUCCUCAGGCAGGAGGAGGAGGGCGAUGCAGCGGUGGUUCGCGGUGACCCCUCCGGCGCAACUGCUGCACGGGUUCCUGGUGUUCGAGGUGUCAUGGCGCGACGUGCACGGCAUCAACUACUUCAACGACCUGCUGACCGACACGUCCUUGGCCCUGGAGGCGCGCUACAUGAAGAAGUGGGAGUUCCACAGCGCGGAGCAGGCCGCCGCCUGCACGUCCCAGUGGUUCCUGGACGCCGACGCACGCUCCCUCCGGGGCUACCUCCUCCGCCUGCACCAGCGCCGUGACUACUCCGCCUCCGCCGGCGAAGAAGACGACGACGAUGAUCAGGAGUACUACAUGGCGAGCUCCAGCUCUCCUCGCCCCAAGCAGCUCCUGCGGCUGCCGACGCUGAGGAGGAGGAAGAGCUGGCGGAGGAGCAGAUCAUCAUCUGCAAGCAGGAGGAUGCAGCAGGCCGUCACGAACGAAGAAGAUCAUCAAGAGGAAGAGGCAGCUGCUUCUAGCAGUAGCUGUCGCCCAGCCGUGCCCGUGCGGCAGUACAACGACACCCUUCUCAUGUUCCGGUUCCGCGACGGGUCGCUGCCGUUCAAGCUCCGCGAGAUCAUCAUGGCGGACAUCCGGCUGUUGACGCUCCUCGAGUCCGGGCUCCCGUCGUGGGUCAUCUUCCUGCAGUCGUACCCGGUGCUGUGCCACGCGUACCGGCCCUGGAUGCGGCCCCUGGCGCGGAGCUUGUACGCGGCGGCGUCGCUGGUGACGGUGAUCAUUGGCUUCUACGACCUGUACAAGAACGUGCCGCUGCUCAAGUCGGCCGCGGCGCGCAUCUGCGGGCCGCUCUUCGGGUGGAUCGAGACGUGGGACAUGGUCACCAGGAUCCAGUACCUGGGCACCAUCCUCUUCCUCCGCAACCUGCGCCGCUGCCUCCAGGGCCUGUUUGCGCUGCUGCGCGCGUUGAGGGCGCUGCUCCGGGCCGUGGCGGCGCCCUUCGCCGACCUCGAGAUGCUGGGCUGGGUGGCCACGCUGGCGGCGCACGCGUGGGGCCUCGCCGUGGACAUCGGGGAGCUGCUGUGGGCGCCCUUCGACGUGCUGCUCGACUGCGCCGCCGGGGCCGCGGCCUCGCUCUGGCCGCUGCUCCAGCUGCUCGUGUUCCCGUUCCGUUUCGCGGUGGCGCUGGCGGGGUGCGCGGGGGCCGUGCUGUCCAACGGCUACAACUUCUCCAAGGACGUGUGGGAGACGCUGAGCAGCAUCUUCGAGCUCAACCACAUGUCUGACGCGCAGCAGAGCGCCCUCUUGGACGUCACCACGCUCAAGACGCUCUGGAACGACCUCUUCUCGCAGAUCUUCCGGGCACUCAGGGGCAUCCUCAAUGGCAUUCUCGUCUUCUUUGCCUCCUGCAACAGGCACAGGCUCAGGUACCUACUGUGA